AUGCAAGAAGAAAAUGCAAACAAUGAAAUAUUAUAUAAGGCUUCUAAUUAUGUGACGAAUCGUAUGAAAGAAAUGACCAAUGAAAAAGAUUUGGAUGAUAUAGUACAAAGUCAAACGCUCAUUCAUCAAACAAUUGAAAAAUCAGUAACAGGCCUAACUAAUUUCAAUGAGUUUAGUCAAUGUAAAUACGAUGAAUUAUUUAAAAAGUUUGAAAUGCAUACUAAAAAUAUCAAGGAAAUGAAAAAUGAUUUAGAUUACAUUUUUAAAAAAAUAAGAUUGAUUAAAACAAAAAUAAACAAACAAUAUCCAAAUGAAUUCAUGCUAAUCAAGCAAAAACUUCCUAAAUCUGAAGAGGAGGAAUAA